AUGCCUCCUUCAUUUGAUAUGAUUUAUAAGAUGCAUCCUCCUAGAGAGGCUUGGAGGCUAAAAGUUAAGGUUCUAAGGCUUUGGGUUGUACCAUCUUUUGGGAAUCAUGAGGUUUCUAACUCAAUGAAGAUGAUUCUUCUUGAUGAGCAUUGUGAAAAAAUUCAAGCUACAGUUAAGAAACCACUCCUUAAUAGGUUUAGGGAUCAUAUAGUUGAAGGUCAAGUUUAUAGAAUGGCAUACUUUACUGUUGUGUCAAAUCAUGGUAGUUAUAGAGCAACUUCUCAUGAAUUCAAACUGGUUUUCCUUCACCAAACCACUGUUGUAGCUGUUGAUGAAGAUGUUAUCCCUAAGACUUGUUUAAACAUGUUGUAUUUAUUUGGAAUAGAUGUCAUUGGCCUUUUAACUUCAGUGGAAGAAGAGAAAGAAUAUACAAAAGAGGGAAAAUUUCUUACAGCGAGAUGUGCAUUGUUUGGGGACUAUGUUAAUCAAGUAAAUCAUUUUCUUGCCUCUGGCUAUGUGGAGCAGCCUGUUGUAGUCAUUCAACUUGCAAAAGUCAAGUUCUUUUGGGGUCAAGUAGGCCUUCAAAAUGUGAUGUAUGCCACUCAAAUGUUAUUUAAUCAUGAUCUUCCUAAAGUUGUUGAAUUCAGGAAGAGUAUGGUUGAGCAAGGUGUCAAUGGUACCCAGCCACUGUUUAUUGCAAAUGAGGGUAAAGUUGUCUCCUUGGAAGAUGAUUUCAUGCGUUUUACUAAAAAAUGCACUAUUGAAGAGCUUCAAGAUAACAAUCAGGGUUCUUUUAUCAUUUUUGGUACAAUCCGAGGUAUUGUUGAGGAUGGAGGUUGGUGGGAUUCUGCUUGUGUGUAUGGAAAGGGUAUCUAUCCUCAAAAUGGUGCAUAUUACUGUGAUUUUUGUUUGAAGCACAUAACUAAUGUGACUCCAAGAUUUAAAAUUAAAAUAACAGUUGAAGAUCAUAGUGGGGAGGAUAUUUUCCUUCUCUUUGAUCGUGAGGCAUCUUAUUUGCUUAAGAAAUCAUGUGUUGACUUAUUUACUGAGGUUCAAAGAGAUGCAAGUCUUGUAUGUGGGGAUACUUAUCCUCCCAUAUUCCAAGGGCUCAUUGGAAAGAAGUUACUGCUGAAGGUUGAUACCAAAGGUGUCCCACAUGAUACAUUUUAUAGCACUUUUCGAGUUAAGAGAAUAUGUGAUGAUCCCACCAUUAUUGCCAUGUUUGAACUUCUUGAUUAUGAUGCUGAUGACGAGUCUACUCCAAAAAUGGAGCUUGAUUUACACAAGUCUGUUCCCUGUGGAAAAAGAAAUAUUGGUAUUAAGAAGGAGUCAUCAAAGACUUUUAUCAAGAGUGAGAAAGUUGCUGGUGAGUCUUCUAGGAUUUUAUCUAAAUCCCUAGUUCUUAUAGAUUUUCUGGCUGUUGCUGUUUUUGGAGGGACUGAGUUUGUUGCGUUAAUUAAUGGUGAAGAUGAAAAAGAUGAGAUAACACCCAGCAAUGAUACUAUUAGUGAUGAUCUUUCUGCUGAAAUAGAUAUAUUGCUUAGCUCACCAGAAAAAAAACUCAAGUGA